AUGCCUCUUAGCCUUGGAAUCAACGGAUUUGGACGUAUCGGACGUCUUGUCUGCCGUGCCGCUCUUGACAACCCAGAUGCCACUGUCGUCGCUGUCAACGACCCCUUCCUUGAUAUUAACUACGCCGCUUACCAAUUCAAGUACGACUCUGUCCACGGAACCUACCCAGGUGACGUUACCGUCGAAGGUGACUGCCUCAACAUUGGAGGAACCAAGGUCAAGUUCUUCGCCUGCAGAGAUCCUGCAGAGAUCCCAUGGGGCGCCGUCGGUGCUGAGACUGUUUGCGAGUCCACUGGUGUCUUUACCAAGAUCGAAAAGGCAUCCCUUCACAUCAAGGGUGGCUGCAAGAAGGUCAUCAUCUCUGCUCCAUCUGCUGAUGCUCCCAUGUACGUGAUGGGAGUCAACCACACUUCUUACGCUGGGGCCGAAGUGUUCUCCAACGCUUCGUGUACUACCAACUGCCUUGCUCCUGUGGCCAAGGUCAUUCACGACAAGUUUGGCAUCGUCGAGGGUCUCAUGACCACCAUCCAUGCUGGUACUGCCAACCAAUUGGUUGUCGAUGGACCUGCCAAGGGAGGAAAGGACUGGCGCGCUGGACGUUGUGCCUUGAACAACCUUAUCCCUGCCAGUACCGGAGCCGCCAAGGCUGUCGGUAAGGUCAUUCCUGAACUCAACGGGAAGUUGACCGGUAUGGCUGUCCGUGUUCCUACUCCCGAUGUUUCGUUGGUCGACUUGACUGUUCGCACCGAAAAGGCCUGCACUGGUGAAGAGCUGAAGGCUGCCUUGAAGGAAGCCGCUGAGGGUGACCUCAAGGGUAUUCUUGGAUACACCGAUGACUCCAUUGUGUCCCAAGAUAUGCUUCAUGACCCCCGCAGUUCCAUCGUUGACGGAAGUGCUUGCAUGGCAUUGAACUCGAACUUCCACAAGGUCAUCUCGUGGUACGAUAACGAAUGGGGAUACUCCAACCGUUUGGUCGACUUGGCCAUGUACUGCAACGACAAGUAA